CCCCCGCUGCCCCUUUCGCAGCAGAGAACGAGAAAAGUGUGAAGAAGAAGAAGAUAUGAGCUCCGCGACGGAGCCACGACAGUUGAGGGGCCACAGAGCGACGGCCACGUGCUGCAUCGCCUCCCGCGACCGCCCUGGCCUCGUCGCCACUUCCGGCGAAGUAAUAUAUGUUUCGUCCCUGUGUUUUAAGCCUGGUAAUGAAGAUGUUAUAUAUGUUUCGUCCGGAAAGGAAGUCAAGUGCUUCGAUGUUCGUCUGGGUACCUCAUGGACGCCAUUGGAGUGUUAUGAUUACAACAAAGAAGAAAUAAACCAGAUUGUCUGCAUCUCGAAGUCAUUCCUUGCUGCAGCAGAUGAUGGUGGCGAGAUAAAGAAUUUGACCUGAACCAAUUGAGGAACACAGCAAAACCACUUAUCUGGACUGCAGAGAAGAAGGUUUACCGCUAUGUGAUUUUUAAGAUCGAUGAGAAGAAAAAAGAGGUUGUGGUUGAGAAGACUGGAGGUCCAGCUGAAAGAUAUGAAGAUUGCACCUCCUCUUUGCCAGAGAAUGACUGUUGAUAUGCUGGCUAUGACUUCGACUUUGUAACUUCUGCAAAAUGUCAAAA